CUACUUAUCACACUGGAUGAAAUGGCUGAGGCGAAUUUGGACAAAAAACCGGAGGUAAAGCCUCCGCCGGGCCUUAAGGCCAUCAUAGACCACCUGGGGCAGGUUUACCCCAAACAGCCCAACCCGCUGCAGGUGACCACACUACUCAAGUACUGGCUGGGCGGUCAGGAUCCGUUGGACUACAUUAGCAUGUACAACUAUCCGGGAGAUGUGGACAGGAACGUUCCGCCACACUGGCACUAUAUCAGUUUCGGACUCAGCGACCUACACGGCGACGAGCGUGUCCACUUGCGUGAGGAGGGCGUCACCCGGUCGGGCAUGGGAUUCGAGUUGACCUUUCGCCUGGCCAAAACGGAAGUGGAGCUGAAGCAGCAGAUUGAGAACCCAGAGAAGCCCCAAAGACCGCCCACCUGGCCGGCGAACCUGUUGCAGGCUAUCGGACGCUACUGUUUCCAAACAGGCAACGGUCUGUGCUUCGGAGACAACAUCCCGUGGCGCAAGACCCUGGACGGCAGUACCACUUCCAAGCUACAAAGCCUGCUCGUCGCCCAGGACCCUCAGUUGGGCUGCAUCGACACUCCCACCGGCACAGUAGACUUCUGCCAAAUUGUCGGCGUCUUCGACGACGAGCUUGAGCAGGCAUCGCGUUGGAACGGGCGCGGUGUGCUUAACUUUCUUCGCCAGGAUAUGCAAACUGGCGGUGAUUGGCUGGUGACUAACAUGGAUCGCCAAAUGAGCGUCUUCGAGCUGUUUCCCGAAACGCUGCUCAACUUACAGGACGACCUGGAGAAGCAGGGAUCCGAUCUGGCCGGCGUUAAUGCAGAUUUUACGUUCCGUGAGCUGAAACCUACCAAGGAGGUUAAGGAAGAGGUGGAUUUUCAGUCGCUGAGCGAGAAGUGCGCCAACGACGAAAACAAUCGGCAGCUGACGGAUACGCAAAUGAAGCGCGAGGAACCGAGCUUUCCACAAUCCAUGUCGAUGAGCAGCAAUUCGCUACACAAAUCCUGUCCCUUGGACUUUCAGGCGCAGGCACCAAAUUGCAUUUCACUGGACGGUAUUGAGAUUACCCUCGCACCUGGCGUGGCCAAGUACCUGCUACUGGCCAUCAAGGAUCGCAUCCGACAUGGGCGCCACUUCACCUUCAAGGCUCAGCAUCUGGCGUUAACGUUGGUGGCGGAAUCCGUGACCGGCUCGGCGGUUACAUUGAACGAACCCUACGGCGUGCUGGGCUACUGGAUUCAGGUCCUGAUCCCCGAUGAACUGGUGCCGCGCCUGAUGGAAGACUUCCGCAGCGCGGGCCUAGACGAGAAAUGCGAGCCCAAGGAGCGACUGGAGCUCGAGUGGCCCGAAAAGAAUCUGAAGCUGAUCAUCGACCAGCCGGAACCUGUGCUGCCCAAUGUUCUGCCCAUGUCCCUCGACGCUGCUCCUCUGAAGAUUUCCAGUGUGUCCAGUGAUUAGCUAGUAGUUAUUUAAUUUAAUCGAAUUGAAUCUUCCACUAACGAGUAAGUUUUACAUAUAUACAUCUCAUCUAACACAAUGCACGUGGCCUUUGCUCCUCGCCAGAGUCCAGUCAAAAUAUACAAACACAUACAUAUACCCAAAACCA